AAUGCCCUUCCCAUUUUCCCUUAGCCCAAGACGAUGUCUUAAAAGAUCUUUUGUGCGAUCAACAGUCCAAAACUCGAGGAUAUGUACACCCAGUCUACAGUUUAUUAGGGACACCGAAGUUAAAUCCUGCCUUCGUGAAGGUUUUAACGUUCAGUUUUUUUUUCCAAACUGUUUUAGAGAAGUGUUGAUUCAAGUUCAUUGGUACUUCAGCGUGUAGUAAGUGGUGCUGUUGAAUUGUGGUGUAUCAUACCGAGGGGUGUUUCUAAUAUUUUGUCCACCCCAUUUACCAUGAGCAGUACAUCUGGACCGUCCAUGGCGCCUGCCAUGCAUCAAGUUUGGCCAAGAGUCUUCCAGCGCCUCUACAGAACCCUGAAUCUUCCAAAGAGAAACCAUUCAGGCUGUGCCGAGCACACCACCGUUCCUGCCUCAGCUCACUCCAGACAUAUCAGACCCAAACUCCUGGUGUCACGUCUCUACCAGCCGUCAAACCUGCGCAAUGUUGGACAGGAGAGCCGGCUGCAAGGAGAGAUGACCUGUAAGAGCCAAAGGCUCAUGCAGCAGGCCGGGCUCAUCCACCCAUCCAGCCCAGGGUGUUACUACUACCUUCCUGCCACGGUGCGCUCCAUGGAGAAGCUGGUGAGAGUGAUUGACCAAGAGAUGCAGGGUAUCGGUGGGCAGAAGCUGGACAUGCCCAGUUUGUGCUCGGCUGAUCUCUGGAAAACCAGUGAGCGCUGGGACUUGAUGGGAAAGGAGCUGUUCCGUCUGAAAGACCGCCACGGAGUUGACUACUGUUUGGGUCCCACGCAUGAGGAGGCAGUGACGACUCUGGUUGCUCACCAGGCGACUCUCUCCUACAGACAACUCCCUUUGCUUCUUUAUCAGAUUACCCGCAAAUUCAGGGAUGAGCCAAAGCCAAAGUUUGGUCUUCUCCGAGGGAGGGAGUUCUACAUGAAGGACAUGUACUCAUUUGAUGUGAGUGAAGAAGCAGCUUACCAGACGUAUGAAUCUGUGUGCCAAGCAUACACGCGGCUAUUUGCCCGGCUGGGCCUGCGUUGCGUUCAGGUGCAGGCAGACACAGGAAAUAUCGGCGGAAAACUCUCCCACGAGUUCCAGCUGCCGGCAGACAUUGGCGAGGACCGACUCCUGGUCUGUGGGAACUGCUCCUUCUCUGCUAAUGUAGAGACCAUGUCAUCAGACAGAACUGACUGCCCACAGUGUAAAACUGGCACACUGGCAGAGUCAAAGGGCAUAGAGGUCGGCCACACCUUUUACCUGGGGAAAAAGUACUCUCAAGUAUUCAAUGCCUCCUUCAGCAAUGCCCAGAACAAGUCUAGUAUCGUUGAAAUGGGCUGCUAUGGUCUUGGAGUAACCCGUAUUCUUGCUGCAGCCAUUGAGGUGAUGUCAACAGAGGAGGGGAUCCACUGGCCAGGGCUUCUUGCCCCUUACCAGGUUUGUGUUUUACCGCCAAAGAAGGGAAGUAAAGUGGAUGAGGUGGCAGUCUUAGCUGAUGACCUUGUUCACACUUUGGAGGAGACUCUGCCAUAUUUGAGAGGUGAAGUGGUUCUUGAUGACCGUACACAGAUGACUGUUGGAAAGAGGCUGAAAGAUGCCAGCAGACUGGGCUACCCAUUUGUUAUUGUAGUAGGGCAGGGCGCUUUAGAGGAAUCACCCAGGUUUGAGGUAAUCUGUCAGCAGACAGGCGAGACAGUAUUUCUCAGUAAAGCUGGACUGUUAGAUCUACUGGGAAGAGUGGAAACGGUUUGAAUCACAUACAGUUUUGGAAAUGUGGAAAGGGGAAAUAAAUGUUUUUAUUUAAUGUUUGUAUGUUCUGUGUAGUAAGGAAAAUGUGUGUGAUGCAAUCAGUGAGGUGGUGCGAAAAGAAGAUAAAAGUUUUACUGUUUUGUGGCCUUUCAUGUUCCCAUGCCAAUGAAAACAGGUUCACAAAUGUGAAAAGAAAUAAUGACCAUUUGCCGUUGUGUGUAACAUACAAAUGCUGCCAUAGUAGAACUAAAUCCUGGCAUUUGGUAAAUGCUGUAAAUACAAACAUUUCAUGAAAGUCCGGGAAGCAAAAAAUAAAAUGACCAUAUUUCCAUUGGUGGAAGAGGUACUCAGUUCCUUUACUUAAGUAAAAGUUGCAAUAUUAACAAUAUGUACAAAAUAUUUUCAAAAAUAAAAGCUCAUUACGCAGGCUAGCCGUGUUGUAUGUAAUUUAAUAUUAGUCAGGAAAUCACCAUGUUGCUGGUCACAGUUAAUUUUAACUACUUGGUUCCUUCGUAACAAUAUAUCACAUUUUAAUUUAAUGAUUUGUCUGUAAAAUCUUAAAAUGUAGCUGUCAAAUUAAGGUAAAAGGUACAUUUCUCUCUUUAAUUUGUAAAAAUUUUAAAGUACAAAUACAUUUAAUAAAGGGCAAUUACCUUAAAAUGUACUUUCCAACACCACCUCAUGAUCAAAAUUACUGUUUCCAGUGGUAAAGAAAAUUAAAAUCUGAAGCUAAAGUUCUACAACUUCAAUAUAAAACUGUUUACAUUACAAGUAAAUACAUACUAGUUACUAAGCUAUACAAAAUGCGCCUACAAAACAAGACGAGUCAUUUUCAGCCUUUUUGGACCGUGGAUCAGUUUGAAUAUUGCGGUGAGUAAUGGAACAAGCUACAGUGAGGUGUAAGAUGAGAAGUUGCGUCCUCUUGAGCAAACUUUUAUUCAUUUUGUUCUGUUUUUUUUUGACAUCGAAAAUAUUCAUUUAUUCCUAUAAUGAUUUCAGGAUGUAUUUCUGUACCUCCUCUUUAUAGCGGAGUAGGGAUUUGACAGUGCAAUUGUAGAAGAUUUUCAUUUAAAUAAAUGUG